CUUCCACCUGCUCUUUCUCGGUGAAAUAGAAAACUUCUCAGUAAGCUCCGAUUUGGAUCAAAGUCAUGGUGGGUUUUGAAGUCGGAGCGGUUCCGUUCAAUCCUGACGGUUGGGGUCCGCCCGAUUCCUCCACCGCCAAUUCCAUUUCCGUCCCAAACCACCCAUCCAAUGUCCCCUUCGCCCCGUUUUCCCGGUCUGACAAGCUCGGUCGAAUCGCCGACUGGACCCGAGCUAUUUCCAACCCGAAUCGUCCUGGAUCUAAUCCAUCCAACAAAAACGUUUCCGACUCUGCCUUUGAUUUCACCGGCGACGACUCUUUUGCAACCUUAGCCGCCGACGAGGACUCCUCUUUCCGUUUAGUUGACAAUGCCGCCUCGAAAUCCCACCACGGCCACCAUCAGAACCGCCCCAAAUUCAACCCCAGGUGGCGUUUCAACCCCCACCACCACCGCUCUCAGCUACCCCAGCGGCGUGACGAAGAGGUCGAAGCCCGAAAACGCGAAGCCGAGAAGGAACGAGCUCGUAGAGACCGUCUUUACAACCUCAAUCGCUCUUCCACCAACGCCGGACCUCGCCGCGAGUCUGCCGUCUUCAAAUCAUCCGUCGAUAUCCAGCCGGAGUGGAAUAUGCUCGAUCAAAUCCCCUUCUCCACUUUCUCUAAGCUCUCCUUCUCCGUACCCGAGCCGGAAGACCUCCUUAUAUGCGGUGGGCUCGAAUUUUAUGACCGGUCCUACGAUCGAAUUACCCCCAGAAACGAACGCCGUCUGGAGCGCUUCAAGAAUCGCAAUUUCUUCAAGGUGACAACCACUGAUGACCCUGUAAUCCGCCGCCUGGCCAACGAGGAUAAAGCUACAGUUUUUGCAACAGAUACGAUAUUGUCAAGUUUAAUGUGCGCUCCCAGGUCAGUUUAUUCAUGGGAUAUUGUGAUUCAACGCGUUGGGAAUAAGUUAUUUUUUGAUAAGCGUGAUGGAUCGCAGUUGGAUUUGUUAUCUGUGCACGAGACUUCUCAGGAGCCUUUACCUGAUGUGAAGGAUGAUAUAAACUCUGCUUAUUCAUUAAGUGUCGAGGCUGCUUAUAUAAACCAGAACUUUUCGCAGCAGGUUUUGAUUAGGGACGGGAAUAAGGUUACUUUUGAGGAGCCGAACCCAUUUGCAAACGAAGGAGAGGAAGUGGCCUCUGUGGCUUACAGGUAUAGGAGGUGGAAGUUGGAUGAUGAUAUGUACUUAGUUGCACGGUGCGAGGUUCAGAGUGUGGUGGAAUUGAAUAAUCAGAGGUCGUUUUUGACUCUAAAUGCGUUGAAUGAAUUUGAUCCUAAGUACUCGGGUGUUGAUUGGAGGCAGAAGUUGGAGACUCAGAGGGGUGCUGUUUUGGCCACUGAAUUGAAGAACAAUGCCAAUAAGUUGGCUAAAUGGACUGCUCAGGCGCUUUUGGGUAGUGCCGAUAUGAUGAAAUUGGGGUAUGUUUCUAGGGUUCAUCCAAGGGAUCAUUUUAACCAUGUGAUAUUGGCUGUUGUUGGAUAUAAACCGAGGGAGUUUGCCUCUCAGAUUAAUUUGAAUACCUCUAAUAUGUGGGGCAUCGUGAAGAGUAUCGUGGACUUGUGUAUGAAGUUGAAUGAAGGGAAGUAUGUGCUUGUUAAGGACCCAUCCAAGCCACAAGUGAGGAUUUAUGAGGUCCCACCUGAUGCAUUUGAGAAUGACUAUGUGGAGGAGCCGUUGCCAGAGGAGGAGCAGGUUCAGCCUCCUGCAGAGGAUGCUGAAGGUGGGGAGGCGAAUGCUACGGCUAAUGAUGUGGAGGACAAGGAUGUGAGUGCUGAACCGGUAGCAGCUUGAAUGGUUAGAAGCUAAGAUAAUGGUUCUAGAAGCUAAUUCCAGGAUUAAUCUAGCCUCAGCUGUACUUGCUUUACGUGUCUAAAAGUUGUUGAUAAUGGUUCUAGAAGCUAAUUCCGGGAUUAUUAUAGCCUCAGCUGUACUUGCUUUACAUGUUCAAAGGUGGUUGAUCCCCUUUCUUUUUUUUUUUUUUUUAAAAAAAGUCAACUGUAUCGUUUGAGUUGUUUGUGGCCAUCUUGUGGCUGUGAAAAUUUUGCUAGGUUGCUUUAAGGAUACUACGACACAAUGAGUCAGCAGUUUCAACGGAUUUUUCUGUCCAUCUAUCUCUUCUGAUACAAAUCUAGAGAAGUUAAUUAUGUGAUUAGUAAUAGUAUGGAAACUGUUUCACUCA